UCAACCAUUACAAUAUGAUAUGUCUAAGGCCAAAACACCACCACAAACUAGGGUAGCUUAUUCAAAAGAAUUAUUGCAAACCAAUAGUUCACCACAAUCUCAUUUGAGAAAUCAACAAUCUGCUAAUAGAUAUGAAAAAUUAUCACGAAAGUCAUCUUACAGAAUUACUAGUUUUUCAAUUUCUUCAAAGCAUUCAUUUGAACAUACAAAUAAUGAUAUAAGGUUAGCCAAUGAAGAUCAUCUCAUACUCCAAAAGGCAAUGCAAUACGCAAUGAGUAGCCUUAAGCUGGCUUGUAAAACUAAAAAUGCAAUAUCUCAUGUUAAAGAAUCAAUACAGAAUCUAAUACAAAUUAUAACUGGCACCAAUAAUGAUAAUGACAAUGUGACAAUACCUGAAAUAAAAUAUAACAAACUACAUAUUAAUAGCG